CUGGUGGACAUAUUGGAUUUAAAGGGGCUGAACCGUUUACGAAAAGACACGGUGCUCUUCCCAGCGGAGUUGAAAAUCCUCUUAAAUUUGCGGUGGUUAAUCUAUCGUUAUUAGUUGUGAGUAGCUAGUUUUAUGUCAUAAAAUAGCGUUAUUAUAACGUCAUAAAUAUAUAACGGUUUACGUUGGGUUUGUUUGCCGGAGAUUGUGUAACUAACGUUACCAGCUGCUGAUCUGUCCGAAUUGCAUAGUUUCACAUUGUGUGAGAAGUCAGUUUGUUGCCACUAGCAGCAAGGAAAAUCAAGCUGCCUUCUGCAAAGAAGUGACCAGGUGGCAAUGUGAUUUUUAUUUAUUUUUGAAUUUUUCAACUACGGCAAAGAAAGAAGCUGGUAACGACCAACACAACUGAGAGUGCAUGAAGACACUCUCAACCGUGCCCUCAGUGCUUGAAAACAUUUGGAUUACGCUCGCGCUGCAGCGGAUGGUGUUGCUACGUGCCUGGCUAUGAGGAGCGCCCGCUGAGGCUAAUAUUGGCAGACACAGUCCUGAUGCUUGCGCUGCUCACCGCAGACACACAGCCUAACGUGUAGCGCUUGCAUGGCUUGGGUCAGCCCUCCAGUAGACACAAUGUCCACCAUGGUGUACCCACGGGACGAGAAGCUGGAAAAGCUGUCGCAGGAGGAGAUCAUCUCCAACACCAAGCUGGUGAUCCAAGGCUUGGAGGCGCUGAAGAACGAGCACAACUCCAUCCUGCACAGCCUCCUGGAGACCAUCAAGUGCCUGAAGAAGGAUGAGGAGGCCAACCUGGUGCACGAGAAGUCCAAUCUGCUCCGCAAGUCUGUGGAGAUGAUCGAGCUGGGGCUCGGCGAGGCGCAGGUGAUGAUGGCGCUGUCCAACCACCUGAACGCGGUGGAGUCGGAGAAGCAGAAGCUGCGGGCGCAGGUGCGGCGCCUGUGCCAGGAGAACCAGUGGCUGCGGGACGAGCUUGCCAACACGCAGCAGAAGCUGCAGAAGAGCGAGCAGAACGUUGCCCAGCUGGAGGAGGAGAAGGAGCACCUGGAAUUCAUGAACCAGCUCAAGAAGUACGACAAGGACAUCUCGCCCACGGAGGAGAAGGACGGCGAGACUCCCAAAGACUCCCUGGACGACCUCUUCCCCAAUGAUGAGGAGGAACAUGGCCAAGGAGUUCCCCAGCAGCAUAGCGCAGCAUUGGCGGCAGCACAGCAGGGUGGCUAUGAGAUCCCAGCCCGCCUGCGAACCCUCCACAACCUGGUGAUCCAGUACGCCUCUCAGGGCCGCUACGAGGUGGCCGUGCCCCUGUGCAAGCAGGCCCUGGAGGACCUGGAGAAGACCUCCGGACACGACCACCCCGACGUGGCCACCAUGCUCAACAUCCUGGCCCUGGUCUACAGAGACCAGAACAAGUACAAAGAGGCGGCUCACCUGCUCAACGACGCUCUGUCUAUCAGAGAGAAAACUCUGGGCAAGGACCAUCCUGCUGUGGCUGCCACGCUCAACAACCUGGCCGUGCUGUACGGCAAGAGGGGGAAGUACAAGGAGGCUGAGCCGCUGUGCAAGAGAGCCCUUGAGAUCCGUGAGAAGGUGCUGGGGAAGGAUCACCCGGACGUGGCCAAGCAGCUGAACAACCUGGCGCUGCUGUGCCAGAACCAGGGCAAGUAUGAGGAGGUGGAGUACUACUACUGCCGCGCCCUGGAGAUCUACGAGUGCCGCCUGGGCCCCGACGACGCCAACGUGGCCAAGACCAAGAACAACCUGGCCUCCUGCUUCCUGAAGCAGGGGAAAUACAAGGAGGCUGAGAUCCUGUACAAGGAGAUCCUGACGCGGGCCCACGAGAAGGAGUUUGGAUCCGUGGAUGCCGAGAACAAGCCCAUCUGGAUGCAUGCAGAGGAGAGGGAGGAGAUGAGCAAGACUGACUCCCAGGGCAAGCACAAAGACAACACCCCCUAUGGAGAGUAUGGGGGCUGGUACAAGGCCUGCAAAGUCAACAGUCCUACUGUGAACACGACUCUGAGGAAUCUGGGAGCUUUGUACCGCCGACAGGGCAAAAUGGAGGCAGCAGAGACUCUGGAGGAAUGUGCCAUGAGAUCCCGCAAGCAGAGCAACACAGGCAUUGACCCCAUCCACCAGACACGCGUGGUGGAGAUCCUGAAGGAUGGCGAGGGCGACCGCGAGCGCCAGCGCAGCCGUGAGAGCCUGGCUAGCGUGAAGUACGACAGCGGCUCGGAGGCCGGCCAGGAAGUGAGUAUGGGCAUCGAGUGGAACGGGGACGGCACUGGGGCACUGCAGCGUAGCGGUUCUCUGGGGAAGCUGCGGGACGUCCUCAGGCGCAGCAGCGAGCUCCUGGUGAAGAAACUCCAAGGGAACGGACCUCCAGAACCACGCAGCACAAACAUGAAGCGAGCUGCCUCUCUCAAUUACUUGAACAAGACCAGCGAAGACCCUUUUCAGCAGAGUCCAGUGGGCAGCAAGCUGAGGGACACCCGGGGCCUGAGCUCCAGCACAGUGGACCUGUACAGUGGCAACUGAGAGGGCCUCAGUCUCUCCAGCCCCAUCUGCUUCCUGUCCUUCAUCCAAGGAUGCAGGCACCCCUCCUCUGCCUCCAAAAGCAGCUAUAUCAACCCAAAGACAAGCUUAUGCUCUCCCUUUUCUGUUACUCCAGGAAGAUGUUACACAUCCCUCUCCCCACUUUUGCACACUCUCAUGCAAUGUAUUUAUAGGAACAUAUUGAUGAUGGUUGCUGAUUUUAAUAACCUACCAUCUGGUAUCACUACCGGUCCCACUUGGUAGUCUCACAUUUAGUUACAUAGGUCACCAUAUUUGGUUAUCGCAUAUCGAGUUACAUACUGACCGGUUUUUAUUAUAUGUUAUGCUACUUAUAAUGUUACUUUGAUACAUACACCAAAGGUAGUUGUGUAGCAUUCCUGGGUUUCUGUACUGUUGUUUUUUUUGUUAGAUUCGUGUUCACUGUGCCAUGUGUUUGGAUUUUAAGCCAUUUUUGUUUUCAUUAUUGUAACUUUGAAUCCUGACUUUUGGUUUGCCUUUAUUCUUAAUGGUUACUUCGAUUUUAUUUUGAGAAGUGCAUGUAAUAUUUUGGUUACCAUUAUGUUUUUAAACCAUGAUUACGAUGUGUAAAUACUUGAGGGUAAAUGCUUUAACCAUGCCUACUCAUGCCAGUUUGAGAUUUCAUUACUUGGGCAGCAUAAAGGCACGAAUAGUGAAUUAGUGAUCUCACAAAUAAGAGACCGUGAGAGUUUAUUGGUCUUCUGUGGCUUCCCUGCAUGCACAGAUAGAUGUAGCCAUGGCAACACAAGUGCUGAGUGUGUUGUGUUAAUUCUGGAUGUUUUCAGUGAUAUUAGGCUGCAUGGCAGUGCUGCAUGAUGAACACAUAGCCUCUCGGCCUAACUAAUGUGGGAGAGAUGGCAGAUGACCGUUUGCUUCAUUUACGUUUCCGGCACUAUUUAAGCCUUGUUCUAUUGCCUUUCUGUGAAAGAUUUUAAAAUGUUAACAUGCCCAUUUAUCCAAAGUAAUUAGCAUGUCUGGCUCUAAAAAAGUUUUAUGUAAGAUAAGAUACAUAUUUUUGAGAAAUGAAAGCCAAACGUCAGGUAAAGAGUGGUCUUCUCUUGCAUAGCUCUCUCUAGUGUUGCUUUCAUUAAUAUAUCAUUGUACCUGUAGCUUAACAUAUUGAGUGAUCUGAAUGAUUUGACAACAGGCACACAUUUACCAGGGAAGUUUAACAUUGACUUAAGGCCACAUUGCCGUGUUUUAUACCCUACCCUAAUUAGUCAAGUAUUGCACAAAUGGUACCCUUCUGUAACAUGAAGCCACCAACACGCACAGGGCUUCCCUCUACAUCACCCUAUCAUCUAGAAGAAGCGACUCCCUGUGUGAGGGUUCAUUUCAUACACACAUACCAGCAAUCUUGAUCUUCCUUUACCAACUAAUUUAUACUCCUGCUCCCAUCAAAACUCACCCUCAUCUUCUCAUCGUCACCAGCACUCUGGUACUGCACCUGCUCUGCUAGGAGUACCCUGCUACCUCUAACACAAGUUUAUUAUUAAGGGACUCUACCUGUCUUGGUUCAUCAAAAACAUUUGACGCAAAAGCAUUUGCAGCGAUUUUUGUUACAACAUUUACUGACUACAUUAUGAAAACAAUAGACUAUUUCCAAGGUACUGAUGUAGUCUCAUCAAAUUGUCAGGUGGACACGCACAUAUUAAUACUGUCCAGAGGUUGUUGUGAAUAGUAAGGGAAAAAACAGCCAUCUAGCAACUUUUGGUACAGUCCUCAUAAGUUUUGUUGACUAUUUCUUAAGAAUUAUGGCAGUGCUGAGUCUUAAAGCCGGCAGUCUGCUCUAAUGGGCCACCCACACACAUCUGUUGUGUGAUUCAUGAAGCCAUAUGUAAUGCUUGAAGACUUAAAUUCUAUUAAGUACAAUGUAGCUAAACACCCACUCCCUCUCUACCACCUGUGCUAUGUCCAAGGAUGAAACUGAACACAGACUUGAAAGCAUUGCUUAGUGUUAACAUGAUAUCUGAAUGUCAAGAUUUGCACAGUGUAUGUUUUUGUUGUCAUGUGUACUUUGAAAUUUGGUUCAUUGUUGUGAUGUCAAUGUUGAUCUCAAUUUGAAUUGAAAUACACUGUGAUUGACUUCCCGCAUUGUGUAUUUUCUAAGGGACGAUUUCCCACAAAGGCAGGUUUAGCUUUUAGCUUAAGGUUUAGACCACAAACUGUCUAUACAUUAUUAAAGUGAUAUCUUGACAUGAA